AUGUAUAAUAAUGUUUAUAAAAUGAAAGGCUAUUUUCCAACUCAAAGUUUACUAAUAUUAGGUCCUAUAUUUUUAAUAGCUUCAGAAUUUAUAGUUAGUAAAUUUUCAAAACCUGGAGGAAGUAAAGGUGCUAAAUUAAGAAGUUUGUCAUCAAGUGGAUCUUCAUCACCAUCAUCAUCAUCAUCAUCAUCACCAUCAUCAUCAACUACUGCUUACCUUUCAACUAAUAAUAAUAAUAGAAAUAUGUAUCGAUCAACUUGGCUUGAAAAAUAUCUAGAUGAGUCAACUACAUCUGGAAAAUAA